CUCUCUUCUCCUUCGGAAUCUCUCUUCUCAUGCCUCUUAUUUCACUUCUCUCAGGCCCGCAAACAAAACAUUGCCUCGUGCCCUAUUCCUAUCUUCUUUCUGGGCAGGCCCCUUUCAACCACCUUCUUUUCUUAUUAGCUUAUUUUUUAUAUAUGCGUGGCUAUUGCAGCAGGAACAACGGCCAUUCUUUAUAGUAACCGCCGGCCGGAUUAAUAGCCUCCUCGUUCUAUUUCGUCUCUGCCGAUCGCUCUUCCAUCACUCUGAUACAUCGGCCACACAACGAUGAUGAUGUGGGUUUCCACCCUAUCAUCCCUACUUCUUCUGAGCCCGGUCUACGCAGAUAUUCUUGGGGAUGCAGCACAAUACAUUCGAAGGGAUGGCUCGGUGGAGGCAAAGAUGAGGCGGUAUGUGGAUUCGAUCGUGGAACCUAUGGAGAGGAGACAAUCGGCGACAUCGACGACAACCGGUUUGAACACUACAUCCAAUUUGAACAUGACACAAUGGGAUGCCCAGACGAUGGCUGCUUGCACAUCGGCAUUAGAGACGUUGAAUGGCGUUGCAGAUAAUCCUUCUGGGAUGGCUGCCUGCUACAAUCUACCGUAUUGGGAUAACAGCACUGGAGUUUUCCAAGCCGAUCUUCGAUUAUUCAUGAUCUCCCCGCCAUCUGGAACCUUUGCCAAUAUCUCGACUCAAAAUGUUAAGGUUGGGUUGUCGUAUGACGGAGCAACAGUAUCUGCUGUAAAUACUUCUUCGUUGACACGUCGAAGGGAUGAAAUCUCUCUGAUCUCAUGGCCACGCAACGAGAUGGAUAGGAGAGAAUCACCAGCCCCAGUGAUGGCUCAAUCUUAUUCGUUUGUUGGACAAAUAAGCCAGAGCUUUCUGGGCUCAAACAUUUCGACUAUAAAGAAAGUCCUCGUACCAGUUGUCACAUUGAGCGCGGUCGAUCCCCAGGGACAACCAGUCAACACCUCACUGCCAUCCACCGACGCAACAUUCGUCAACGGCGUAUUUUCCAAACAAGUAGCGAUAACAAAAGCUAGCGUUGUACCUCCGAUGCAAACCCUCGUUGUAGCUUCCGAUGCCCCAUUCGUUGUGCCCGGCCUCCACAUCCUAAUCUUCCCCAUCGGUGGAAUCAUCACUGGUAUUUGGGCCGUUCUCUUCAUUAGCACCGUCGCAUACGGCACAAUUGGACGCCUGCAAUUCAAGGAUCAUUAUCGACGGCGAGCAGCACGAGCAGCGAAGGCGGGUUUGGCUAGAAUUUAGGGAGGGAUGGGGUUAUUU